CAGUCUCAACCCGCCUGGCUGUCAGGUGGGUGCUGCGAGCCUGAGACACACGGGCUGAGUGACACUGCGCAUCUAGGCCCCGACUGUUAAUGGCCUGGGGAGGAACUCGCAAGCCACCAGCAGCAUGUCCCUGCCCCUGUCGCCUGUGCUGCAGACACCGCCUAUCCCUUGCAUGAGUUGAGGGCUGGGCUGUCGUCAGGGCAGGGGUGAGAUCUCUUCCUGGCCGCGGAGGAGCACUUUGCUGCGCAGCAGGAAGGCCGUGCAGAGCCUGGCACGGCAGCCUUAGAGCAGCUGUGACCUGGGCAACAGCGCACAGCUAGGAGGCAGCACAAAGCUAGUUGAGAGGGCGGGGCUAGUGCUGGGGGGCUCUGGGGGUAGGGCUAGUACUGUGCGGGUUAUGGGGGCAGGGCUGGCACUGAGGGGGCUCUGGGGAUGGAGCUAAUUUGGGGGACUGAGGAGAGGCUCUGGGGGGGUUGGGUGCAGUGGGGCUCUGGAAACAGGAAGCUGGCACUGGGGAGUUCUAGUGGAGGGGCUCUGAGAGCAGGAGGCUGGCACUGGGGGGAUUCAGUGCAGGGGACUCGGUUAGUGGCUAGUGAAGCAGUGGGGGGCUACAGGGGUUAGGACUGGCACUGGGGACUCUGGAGGCAGACUGGUAAUAUUUUAUUUGAAUAUUUGCAUAUUCAUUAUGCAGAUAAUGAAUAUGUAAAUGUUAUCAGUCCAACAAAGUUUGUGAAUGGGUUUGUCAGUCCCUGGUAUCAAAAAGGUUGAGAACCGCUAGCGUAGAGAAUUCAUAUUGGUGGCUUUUGUUUUAAAUUUUAACCACUUUAUUGUUCCUCAAAUAAGCUUGGCAAGUCAGUUGGUUGACCUGUAAAAUGUCAGUUGCACACCUAUUUGACUAUGGGCAAGCAGUCGGCGUACCCUGAUGUAGGCAGUGCCCUGCCGUUUUGACUUCAUCAUGGUACCAUCUGUUUGCAAGCCUGUCUUGAUCUCACACUUGACUACGUGCUAAUGCCACCUGCUUGGGGGCAAAGAUGAACUGCAAGUUAAGUAUCUUGAUAGUCUGGACUUGUAUGGCACAAACUGUAAAUGUUGGUCAGGUGUGGGGGGUGUAAUUCAUAUGGCUGGGCAUUGGCGUGCAUGGUGGUUGAUGGAGCAUGUGGAAUAAGUGCAGACCUGGUCCCUAGAAUCGAGCUUUCAGCAAUGAACUCUGAAGGGAGCGAUGGGGGAGAGGAGGGUUCGGUCAUUAAAUCUUGCAGGUUGGGAGGAGGUCUAGGUUCAUUUUUUCAUUUGUAACUCUUCAUUCUUUAAGUGAUUGCUCGUGUCCAUUCAGUGUAGGUGUGUGCUCCUCACAUGCACUAGUGGGAACUUUGCCAUUAGCAGUACCUGUAGGGGAGCCAGCUCAUGCACCCCUGGAGUGGUGUGCACAUGCCAUGCUAUAUAGGGCACCUCUGGCCCUGUCCACCCUCAGUUCAUUCUGCUUGGAGCCUGCUCAAGCCACUGUGCAUUUCCUUAGCUGCUCUUUAUUUUCCCUGUAAGUAGUUUCUAUUGUUAGUUGACUCUCUUUAGUAGUUAGUGUAGGUCCCUAGGGACUUUGCCUCUGGCCAGGGCAUACCCCAUUCCUGGGCUUCAGGUUCUAUUGCAGUUGUAAUCAGCCCAUGCUAGUGAGAGACCCUCCCCACCUCCAUUGCGGGGACUAUUUGCAGUGCUUAGGAGAGGCUCCUAAGUGGUAAGUGUUGCAUUUGCAGGUCCUUCAAGCCUUCAGCCAAGCAGUAGAGAGACUUUUGUCACAAGGUUGUCGUAGUGGUGCAUGAGCAUUCAGAUUCCACACUGAACACCAGCACCUUGGUACGCAGUGCCCUGGCCCCACGCAAGCCUAGGCAAGGCAAGGACUCUCCUGCUGUGAUUCAGCAGAUGCCUCAGGCCUCUUGGGAGCAAGGGUCCCUUGCUCACUCUCCAGUUCAGAGUGGCAUCGAACAGCUCCUGAUGGGGCCUCUGUGGAGACCAGGACAUCUUAUCCAUACUGCCCACACUGGUAAUUUUGGGACCCUGCCACAAAGGGAAACCAGCCAUGGUGCUGCCCUGAUCUCCACACAGGCACCAUUCCCCCUCCAGUGGAAUGUUGAAAGUCUCGCCUGGGCAGCAGGUUGGAUUUCCUGCGGCUUGGGCACAGAUCUUCAGAGGCAUGCACCCCCAGUAUGGGCUGGUAUUUCCCAUGGUCUGAGCGCCAUUCGAGGGAACGGUCCCUGGUGUGGCACGAGCAUUGCCACUCCCUGCAGCACAUUCAUGAGGCGCACGGAGGCUGGAGAUUCCACUCAGCUUCACAAGAUGGUGUUGUGGGUGAUUGGCGCCGGUCAUGAGACGGGCGAACGCUGUCACCCAUACUGCAGAUCCUGGAUUGGGAGACGUUCACCAGAAAUUGCUCCUGGCACCUUUCCGCCUCUGACACUCAUGCCAGUCUUCAUUCCUCAUCCCCUGGCACCGUGCAUUCCAUCAGUGUGGCCUCAGACCAAGCCUUGGUGCCCUGGUGCAAGCUCCUUGUCUGCCUCCAGUAUCACAACCAGGAUGCCAAUUAGCAAAGUGGCUGCAGGCCUGGUCACCUCAGUGGUACCUCUAGAGCCCCAGGGAUUCUCCCUAGUGUCCCAGGUACCACGCUCGGUAGUCAGUACACUGAAAGCACUGUUGGCCACCUCCAUGAAACGUUUCCCAGCACCUGAGGCUUGUCGUGCUCUCACCCCGCAGGAGGAGCAAGGGGCUGAGAUGCAGGUGUUGGCCUCCCCUGACCUGAAGGAGGCCCCCCUGACACAGGCCACUGCCUCCUCGUCUCCAGAGGAGGCAUCCUGGGACCUCCAUCUGUGGUGCCCCCCAAUGCUAUGCAAGCCCACUAGGACUUCCUCAAGCAGGUGGCCACCAACUUGAACCUCCAACUGGAGAAACUUGAAGAGCAGGAGGAUACCCUCUUCAGGGUGUUGGGUGGGUCAGUCAGUCCCGGCCAGAGGGCCCAGAUUGCCACAGCCUUGUGACAGAUGCCCUCCUCCAUUUCUCCCUAUAUCUAAAAGGGCGGAAAGGAAGUACUUUGUCCUGGCAAAGGGACAUCAGGACCUUUAUUCCCACCCGGCCCUCAACUUAGGAAAGACAGAAAGUAUGGCAAGAGACCACCUCAGCUUAAUCAGGAGAUCUUACAUGAUCUCAAAAUCUAAAAAGAGUCUCAUAAACAGUGGAAGCUAGGUCAGAUUACAAAGGAUGGAUAUAAGCAAACAACAUAAAUAUGCAGAGGCAAGACCAGAAAGGCAAAGGCACUCAGUCUAGCUAGAGAAGGAAAGGGUAAUAAGACAUUCUACAAACGUACUAGAGGCAAGAGGAAGACCAAGGACCGGGUAGGCCCAUUGCUCAAUGAAGAGGGAGAAACAAUAAUAGAAACUUGAAAAUGGCAGAGGUGCUUAAUGACUUCUAUUGGUUUUUACCAAGAAGUUUGCUGAUGGAGGGAUGCCUAACAUAUGGAUGCUAGUGGAAAUGGGGUAGGUUUAGAAGUUAAAAUAAUAAGAGCAAGAUAAAAAUUACUUAGAAAAGUUAGAUGGCUUCAAGUCACCAGGGCCUGAUGAA